CCACCACCACCCAGCGCCGGCGUCCUGCCCGUCGCCCUGCUUCAAAAAUCGCAAACAACCCACACACCCCGCAACCAGAAGCCCCCGCAGCCUCGCCUCAAGCUCAUCUGUCGCCGCCUGCCCCCGGGUCUGACCAAGCAAGAGUUUGUCAAUGUCCUGGGCGACGACUGGAAGCUGGGCGCUGGCAGGAUCGACUGGCUCAGCUACCGCAAGGGCAAAAUCUCCACCGACGCCGCAAAGCCCUCUAAGCCUGCCCGUGCCUACCUGCACGUAACCAAGCCUGACCAUGUAAAGGCCCUCGGCGACUAUAUCCGAGCCCUUUCCUUCCACGACGCUGCAAAGUCGUGGCAGGACCCCGUCCUCGUCGGGCCCCCUACGCUUGAGUAUGCUCCCUACCCCAAGAUGCCUGGUGGCCGCCGUCGCAACGACAACCGCCAGGGCACCAUCGACCAGGACCAGGAGUUCAAGGACUUUCUUGAGAGCCUUACUAACCCCAUCACCAAACCCCCUGCCCCAGAAAGCGAAGCCCCCAAGGACAAGGUCAAGACAACGCCUCUGAUCGAAGCACUCCGUGAGAAAAAGGCAAAUAGGGACAAGCCAAGUACAAAGCCCAACCGACAAGCUCGUGCAGAGGCCAAGGAGGACGCCGCAGAGCGCGCCGAAAAGAAGAUCCUGACAAAGUCGACAAAGGAGAAUGCCCCUACCGCGUCCGACAAGACCCGCCGUUCAAACAAGGCUGACAAGGCCCAAGCCACCAAGGAUGCCGUCAAGAUACUCAACAAGGAAGCUGCUUCUUCCAAGACAUCUGCUGCUGCCACCCCGGCCGACAAGGCCUCCACAAAUCCAGCCCCAGAGCGCAAGCGCGGAAACGUCGCACUUGCAAAGUCGAUGCUCCAGCGCGACCUUGGAGUAGCACCUGCACCCAACCGUCGUCGUGGCACCAAGCGUGAGGUCACUUCAGCCACACCCGAUGCUGCUCCCCCAGUCAAGGAAACAAAGCCAUCCGAUGACAAAGCCAAGGGCGCUGCCGCUACCCUUCCAGCCGUAUCCGCUACCCCAGACAAGUCUGCCCACUCAAACAGGAAGGAACGCCCAACCCGUGCCGAACGACGUGCGUUCAAGGCGAACCAGGGCGACAAGGCUAAUGAUAAGGCUACGACUGCCGAAGCCAAGUCACAGACGCCAGUAAAGACACCCGCUCCCCAGAUUCUGAAGAAGCCUCAGCCCGCUCAGUCGCAAACAACACCAAAAGGUCCAGCCGCCUCACGAGCCCCACCAUCGCAGCCGCAGGCUCCUCCCACAAAGGCAGACAGUACUCCGACCCCUGCCGCCAACAACACCUCAAAAGCUACCCCGGCACAGUCUGCCCCCGCGCCCACAAGUAAACAAGCCUUCCUCAAGCAUGCCAACCCCAGCCAGGGUAUCACCGAGCCCCUCAUCGAAGAAGCCAUGAAGCUCUUUGGCGCCAUUGAAAAGGUCGAAAUUGACAAGCGCAAGGGCUUCGCCUACGUCGACUUUACUGAACCUCAAGGUCUUCAAAAGGCCAUGGCUGCGAGCCCAAUCAAGAUUGCUCAGGGCGCUGUCCAGGUACUCGAGCGAAAGGAAAAGGUGGCCAGGAAUCCUCGCUUCAAUGGCCCCACUCCACCAGGUCCUGCUCGUGGCGGAGGUCGCACCAACUUUGCUCCCCGUGGAGGACGGGGUGGCCGUGGAGCCGCAAGAGGUGGAGGUCAGGUUAACUCCAAUCCCGCUCCAAGUGCUAGCGAUUCGGCUCCUACAGUUGCUUCACCUGGCCCUGCCCCCGUUGCAACAUGA